AUGCCUCCAAUUCAAAUCCAUAGCGCCAGCCCAAUCAACGCCUCUAAGGCUUCGGGGCCGACUCCGCAAACUGAACCGGCACAAGCUCAGGGCAUUCCUGCCAACGCUGCUGGAUUAUCGCAAAAUCCAGUUGGCGCGAAUGCAUCCUCAGCUACACACCAGCAACCAUAUCCGCCGGCACAACCUGGUGCCGCCCCAUCUCUGCCUGUUCAGACAACCUCUGCGCAAGCAUAUCCCGUCCCACGUCCAACUCCAACGACGGCGACGGAUGAUGUCAGCCAACCCCCGCCGCCGCAGCCAGGUGCUGCCCCUGUGCCUUCAGCAGGCAAGUCGACGCUGCCUCCACCCCCAAAAGCGGGCGAGACCUACCAACCUCCAGCCCCUACGCCCGCAACUCAGGCCACCGUUCCUUAUCCUCCACAGAUGACCAUCCCUCCCCCAACCAUGUCGUAUGCUGCUCAGCGAGGUUCUUCCACGUCCACCAACACUGCCUAUGGACCUCAGAUGACUGGACCGCAACCCAUUCCGUUAGGAGGCGAUCCUGCCUCUAGCCUUGAACACCCUCCAGGAUACCAGCAAGACGUUAGUGCGUCCGAAUUCAACAGCCAUCAGAGAGCUGCCCAUAAUGCUGCGGUAGCAUCGGCAGUGGAGAGAGGACCCCAAGCCCAGACAGACGAAGGUGUAUGGGACACGGCAAAGAAAUGGGCUGCGGCUGCCGGAGGCUCUCUUGUUGCAGCCGAGCAAGAGGUAUGGCGAAGAAUUAACAAAGACUAG